AUGAACUUAUUUUCAAGAUUCUUUAUACUGCUCUUGUUUUCAAUGGUCAUCUCAAAGCAACUUCAAAAAAGCAAGUCCAAACCCAAAUUCAUACGAUACCGGCCAUGGAACACAAAAUUGUACCCAGUGUGGAAGAAUAAAGACCCGCGUUACAAGAGCAGCUGGACAGGCGGAGAGGUGAAAUUUGAUGUCUGUAAUGAUGCACCAACUCUAACUGGAGCUAAAGUCACCUUCACUAUUGACAUACUUUUUCCAGAAAAUCAAGAGGUGCUGCCUAAUGGAGAAGUUGUUUGGGGAAAGAACUGCUUUGUGAAUGGUACUCAACAUCAUGAAGGCGAGCCUGUUUACCCUCAGAAAAACACUGAUGAUCAGAAUGCUAUUUUUCCUGAUGGCUCUCCGUUAUACAAAAAUGGGGAUCAAAAGCCACCUUUUGUGUUUGUAUGGAAAACCUGUGGGAAAUACUGGCAGGUGUGUGAUGGUCCGUCAUCCUCUCUGACCGUCAGCACUAAAGACAUUCCUCUCGGCACCUAUGAAAUGGAUGUGGUUAUUUAUCACUACAGAAAAAGAGAGAAAUUCAUUCCAAUCGGCUAUGCUUCAACACAGUUCUGUAUCACUGACCAGAUCCCGUUUGCUGUCACUCUCACUCAAGUGAAUGAUAAAGAUCAAGGGGACCAAACGUUUAUCCAAAACCAAGCCAUUGCCUUCGCUGUUGCUGUCCAUGACCCCAGUUCCUACCUGGCUAACUCUGACAUCAACUUUAACUGGGAUUUUGGGGACGACAGUGGCACUGUGAUUUCAAGAGAACUCAUCGUCACCCACACAUACACAAAGACCGGCUCUUUUAAACCCCAUGUUGUCGUCCAGGCUGCCAUCCCAAAUCCGUCCUGUUCCCCUCCUACAAAUACACCUUCACUAACUGAACCAACUGCUGAUGCCUUUAUUUCUGAGGAGCAUGCAGGGCCUCUCUCUAAUGAAAGUGCAUUUAAGAACACUGCAGAGUUGAUGGAACAUUCUGGAUUAUUCGGUGCUGAGAUGAAAAUAGCCUUCCAGCUAGACACAACUGGAGGUUUGUUCAUUUUACUUAUGCUAUAUUUAAAAAAGAAUCAGCCACAAAAUUCUGAGCAGGAAUGUGUGAUCUACCGUUACGGCUCUUUCUCCACAAGCAUCACAGUUGUUGAGGGCAUUAAGGAUGUGCAGAUCGUCCAGGCCGCUGGUGCGUUUUUUGAACUGAACACUGUGGAUUUCACCAUUUCUUGUCAAGGAAGCAUGCCUACAGACAUAUGCACUGUGAUUUCCGACUGCCUUUCUCCAGGCAGGACCAUCUGCAGUGCUGUAAACGCUUUAACAGAGUGCCAGCUCGUUCUCCGACACGUGUUUAAUGACUCGGGCAUCUUUUGCAUUAAUAUCUCAUUGAGUAAUGAUGCCAGCCUUGCAGUCACUAGUGCCAGAGUAAAUGUGAUCACUGGUUCUAGGAUGCUCAUCACAGGAAUUGUGGCUAUGGUGUUUGGUAUCUUAACUGUUGCAUUAGCAGUAGGGAUCUUUGCCUACAAGCAUAUAAAGCUCCAUCAGCCUCUGUCUGAGAUGUCUGCCGCUGGAAUCAUAUGUUUAAUAUCUUCUUACCUUCAGAGCUUGAUUAAGGAACAGGCAGCACCAAAACAUUCAUUAUUUCUUCACAAAGAAGGGUGAACAAGAUAUAUAAGCAACAGCAAAUAUUAUUCAACCACAGUCUUAAGCAAAUUCUUUUUC